CCAUUGCUCGUGGAGGUGGCACGCAUGCGUUUCGGCUUCCAACUGGUGGACUCUAGUGGUCUUAGGGCUGGCGGGAUGUAGGGGUCGCAGUCACAACUCUACCCCGUGAACAAAAUUUUGAAAUCGCAACGGUCUUAUCCGAAAUUCCUGGAACUAGCUUUGGCCGCAUCGGCAUCAUUAAGGCGAGUCGUGCGGUCAUGUUCCCAAUCAGACCCUUUGCGUCGAUUGACGGUAUUGCACUGAGCACACCGUGUUUCCCAAACGGAUUUUGGGUUGUGUUUCACGAAUUGACGGAAUGAAUUGUGUAAUGAAGAGAAUGGUGUAGUUGGAGUUAUGUGGGCGAGAUCUCAGACUGGUGCUGGUGUACAAUGAGGAGAAUUAGAUUGCGGUUUGUAGACGAUGGAACCUGAGAUUCAGCAGCGGUGGAAUUCGUAGAUAUUGUCAAGGCGGGAACGAGAUCAGGCGUUUGUAUGGUCGAAUACGAUAUGAAUGUUCGCCACUUGAUGAAAAUGUUUACGAAGGGGAUUAGCGAAGUGGUUGAAGGAGCUCGGUGUAGAACUGCUUUGACAAUUCUGUUUGAACGGAAUUCGCUUACGCUCGCUAGCUUCGUCGUUUAAAAAGCUUUUGGAUUCUACUGGUUCGCACACUUCAAUACCAAAAGAGUCAUUCCUUCUUAAUAACAAGCCAUCUAUUGCCGCGAUUUUUUGCCGCAACGAUCACUAAGGCUUCUUACGUCAUGCUUUGAGGAGGUGUGGCGGAUGUAGAUGUGCGGCGCCCAGCAUGUUGAUAUAACGGCAUAAGCCCAGAGGAAUUCGUGUUCGCCCUAAUUAUGGGGGUUUUGGUUCAUGAUAUUUUCCAACCGGAUCACUACAGGGUUGUUUGAUUCGCGCGUUUCUUUUCCAGUGGCUUAUCUUACUCCGCUGCGGUGUUUCUCAAUUAUAGCACGAUGCAGGCGGAAACGCAGGUAGCAGGGGUGCAGCCGACCCCGCUUCUGCUUCAGGCUGUUUCCAAGGUGGAGCAGGUAUUAGCACGUUUACAGGAAUUGCAGAGCAGCAUCAGUGGGUCGCAGCCCCCGACCACGUCCAGAGUUAAUCCCCCUUCAUGCAGGAUGCCCCACCUUUUGGCGAACUCUCCAGAGAAAAGCAAGGGCGCUACUGCGGAAUGCCGUGUUUCAGGGGAGUACAAGCGGGGCAUCGCGAGGCUUGGCCGAGCAAAAGGCUCCAAUUCAACCCCGGAGCGAAGAAAAUCUCUUACACUUGCAGAUGGGUGGAGGCACUGGUCUUCACCAGCCAAAGACGUUCACGACGUAAUAUCGGAGAUAAUGCUUGCAAACAAACUGACAAAGCAAUUCGUCAACCUGGUUGGAAGCAACCCUAACGCUGGCAAUCUGAACGCGAACACUUCUAAGGCCAAACUGAAGUCUGGGAGGAAAACACUUCUGGAUAGUACUUCUGAUCUAAAUCGCACUAGAACCUCUGUCAAUUCAAACCCAUCUUCCAGCGAAGGCUCCCUUCUAAGUGGUGUUCCCGAUCCCACGUUAUGUUCGUCUGUUGAAAGCUUGUCGACUCCACGUCGACGAAACAAACCAGUGUCGCUGAACACACGGUCAGCCUCAAAGAGGUCCUCUACUAAGAAGCCUCCUCCUCAUGUCUUCAAGGUGGUUGUUGGAAGCGAAGGACCGGCUGCUAAGACUGCUCCGGCUAGCGGUCUUCGGAGCAUUGAAGCACGGAAGAAUGAAGCACGCAAGCUUACCACGCCCUCACCUCUUUACAAGAGGAGGUCAGGCACUCUUGUGCAAAAGCCACUCCGUAUGAGUGGUGAGCUCCGAACAUCCCCCGGCGGCCAGAACUCAAAAAUCCGCUGCAGUAUUGAGAAGAAAAGGCUCACAGACUCGGCUUCGCUGCGGAGAAGUACGGAGAAAUUUGUGGAAGCUUGCAGGGCAUUGAUGGAAGAGGACGAAAAAUUGAGGCGUGCGAAUGGGCAAGGCAAGGCCGUCCAUUUUUCGAACACACCUCCUGUAGUCAUUAGACCCCUCACAUUCGAUUCUCCUGUGGGGAAGGUCAAGCCAGCUAAAAAAGCCCACAAGAACUGGCUCACUCACCGGUUCUCGAAGACGGCAGCGAAAGAAACUUCUCUGCUUAAGCUUAAGAAGAAGACAUCCCCGACGAAUGAUCUUUCUACCCUGAUUUCCAGGUUGCCUUGUCAGAAGACGGAGCCACCAGCUGCCUCUGCUUGCACUGAACCUGCUAAAAACACAAAGUCUGUAUCCAAAACUGAACUGGUACCAGUGGCAUCGUCUCUCCCACUGCCGCCUGCUCGGCAAGCAGAAGCGCUGAAGAAUAGAAUCACCGAAGCUCGUGGAAUGGCUUUGAAAGCUUCAAGGGACCAGAAAUCAGGAUACACUUCUUAUGCCCUGGAGCCAACGGUCGUGCUUACCUCGUCCAGAGAGAGUCUUGCUUCUGUUGAUGCCAACAGUCUUAAGGAGAAGGACAAAAACAGGUGCUCUGUGGGCUGUCCUCCUAAGGAUACGACUGCUUCCUCGAAUGGCAAAGGCAACCAGAACACUGCAACGCCAGCGGAAAUACCGUCGUACAUGCGGCCAAGGGCUGGAGCAGGAUCUGGCAAGGAGAAUGCCAGGUCUAGCAACACACCACGGCAGUCCUCUGCAGGAUUGGAUUCUAAAUCCUCAUCUACGAAGCAUAACUCAGGGUCGUCUUUACUGCACCGCGCAAAAGGCUGGGUGAACCUGCACAAAACUAAAGACAAGAACACUGAGUCCUCUCUUAGAACGGCUGUUGCUUCGUAAGUUGCAGCUCAAGGAGGAGGCUUGUUGCCCAGAAGUUCAUGCUCAGGCUCUCAGAUGUCUAUUGUCAAUGAACUCCAAGGUAAUUGACUCCCCCGGUAUCUGAUUCAAGUCAUCUCACACUUGGCUUGCAAUUUCAACAUGGGGAUCAAUAUGCUAAAGGUCUGUCCAGAUGGUUCUGUCGAACUGAAGUGCCCUUAAGGGAAAAAUCCCAGGUGAAAAUGAUUAUCUCGAAGUAUUUGUUAUUUUUAGCAUGUGCCCCUUAAGCAGCGGGGCUCCAACGAGUAGCCGUUCACAUUGCCUUGACUUCUACUCGCAGAAUUGGAAAUUUUUAUUGAAGGAUCGGUGAGAUCAUUGUCCGAAAUUCGUACAUACAUUCCUACUUACACCGCGGAAGCUCCUUCUAUUUUGCAAUCUGGCUAUGAAAAAAUCAAGUUAGUUGGCCAAUUCAGUAUAGUAUUAUUUAGGAAGUGAGUCUGUGUAACUGCCGUCAUGCGGCUUUGUAACAUCUUCAUCUUAGAUAUUAAUUAUCAACUAAGUUGUGACCUGCCAGUUGCAUGCUGUUUGCACGUUUUUGUCGGCCUUCACUUA